AUGAGCAUCCCCGAGGCCGCAAGAGACAAAUUCUACGAGGACCUGCACGCACUCCUGGCGACUGUGUCGAAAGCGGACAAGUUGAUUGUUCUUGGUGACUUCAACGUCCGCGUCGGCACAGACCAUGCUGCCUGGAGAGCAGUGCUGGGUCCCCACGGUCUCCGCGGCUCAAACGACAAUGGUCUGCUGCUUCUCCGCACCUGCGCAGAACACCGCCUCAUCCUGACGAACACCUUCUUCUGUCUGCCGGAGCGAGAGAAGGCCACCUGGAGGCAUCCUCGGUCGCGUCAGUGGCACCUGCUGGACUAUGUCCUCGUCCGGAGGCGAGAUCAGCGGGACGUGCUGGUGACGAAGGCGAUCGCGGGUGCUGACGGGUGGACUGACCAUCGCCUCGUCAUAUCGAAGAUGCGUAUUCGUCUACAGCCUGGCAGGAGACCACAGGGUAAGCGAUCCCCAGGUAAGCUGAAUGUUGCUUUGUUGUCUUUGUCCGCUCACCAUCUUCAUUUCAGCAAUGAGCUAGCUCAACGGCUAGACAACCUCCCUAUCGCUGCCGCCGCCGACGACGCCGCCGCCGAUGCCGAGAACGCCUCCGUGGAGAACCGCUGA